AUUUUUCUCGUACAAAAAACCCAUAAACACAAAUCUCCGUGAUUCCCUCUAUAGGAAAUUAGAAAUCCUCAACCCCUUAAAUCCUUGGGCUAUAGAAUUCUUCUGAUUCAAUUAUAUCAUCAAAUGGCUUCAAUUUGCCAACGCAUCGUAAACAGAGCAUCAUCAUCCGCGAAAUACGCCAUUAGAAAACCUUCAAAGUCAUCUCAAGCUGCUCCUUCUUUUUCUGGAUAUGCUAAAUCAUCUUCUGCAAUUCCUUCUACCUCACCAUCCUUCAGCAGCAAGCUUAAGUCUCCAUUGAAGCAACUUGGAUGUCUUCAGUCCCUUUUGCCUCUGCAUAGCACAGUAGCAACGGCCAGGCUAACUUCAUGUCUGAAUGAUGGCUCGAGGAGUUGUCGAGCUCUCUCACAGGGUACUCUCUGCUGCACCUUCCCUGGACUUUCUGGUUUUGUUAUCUUAAUCAUGGAGUUGAUGGAACGUGAACGUUUUCUUUCUUGCCACCAUGAAGGGGUGUCUCAACAGUUGAUUAACUUGAAGUUCCUAUUGGAGUAUGUGUACGGUCUGUUUGGCUUUAGUGAGCUUGGUCUAUCGGUCCCAAGGUGAUUCCAUGUAAGCCCUCCACUUAUUAUCAAGGAUAUCUUUGGUAAUCAGUGUUUUAUGUAUCUCUGUUUUGGUAUUUGUUGCACAAGUUCUCCGAAGCUUGUAUAGUGUUCGUCCUAUGUGAAUCAUGGGUUUGGAUUGAUUUCUAUACACUUAGCAGGGAAUUUGGUAGUUUGUUCUAUGAAAAGACAACAAAGUAGGUGUUUUUUUUUUUCGACGCAACAAAUUAGGUGCUCAAUAGCUAAGUCUUCGGCUAAUAUUAAAGCCCCAACAGAUCACAUUCGAAGAGAACAAUUAAAGUUCUUUAUAGCCAGCCUUCCUAAUAUGAAUUUGAUGAAUCUUUCUUUAUCUCCUCCUUGUCUUAUUUUGCUAGUUUUGUACUUCAUGAUGUUACUCUCCUGAAUUCCUUUGAGAUCCUACA